AUGUGCCAGGCAGUGGAUGUAAUGGAUCCAAUGGUCAAAAAUACAAAGCAGGACCCAGGUGUCACUUGGGAGGCAGAGCACACCUGUUUCUCAGCUGAACAAGGACGGAGAAAAAAAGAGGCAGGGACUCCUCCACCCCCCCUCCCCCCAGGGAAGGGGUAACGCCUCCAACUCACGCUGGUGCUGGCCACGCUGAACACAGAAAGCUCGGCCUUCCAAUACGGCUGCAACAUCGCUGUGGUUAACAUGCCGCACAAGGUCUUGAAGUCCUUUUAUAAUGAAACCUACUUUGAGUGACACGGAGCCUUCAUGGAUGAGAAAGUCAUGCUGCUGCUGUGGUCCUGCACCAUGGCCAUGUCUCCUCUGGGCGUCUUGGUGGGGUCCCUGCUUAUUGGCCUGCUGGUUGACAAAUGUGGCAGAAAGGGAACACUGCUGAUCAACAGUGUCUUCGCCAUCCCUGCCAUCCCGAAGGGAGUCACCUACAGCUGGGACUGUUUCUUUUCUCCUCCCCUGGUCUUUGUUUUGCUAGAUCCAGGCAUCUGCUACAGUGCGCUUCCCAUGUACCUGGGAGAGUUAGCUCCCAAGAACCUUAGGGGGGUGCUGGGAACACUGACGGAGGUGCCUGUCGUCGUGGGAAUCUUCCAGGCACAGAUCUUCGGUCCGCAAGCCAUCCUGGGCUGGCCUGUGCUCCUGGCACUCACGGGGGUCCCCGCACUGUUUUGGCUCUCCUCUCUGCCCUUCUUCCCCGAGAGCCUGAGGUCCACCCUGAUUCAGAAAAGAGAUAAGAAGUUCCACAAGCUGUCCCCGUGUCUCCCUAAGCCUUGGGUCAGCCGCCGUCGGCGACAGGAGGGGACCACUCUGCUCCCCGCAGCUCUGCGGAAGCUGAGAGGCUGGGCAGAUGUGGAGGACGAGAUGGAAGAAAUGCGCGUGGAGGACCAGGCCGAGAGGGCCGAGGGCCGCCUGUCUGUGCUCGCCCACCUCUUCACGUUUCCGCCUGUCCGCUGGCAGCUGGUCUCCACCGUCUUGCCCAUAGCUGGCCAGCAGCUCUCCAGGGUCAAUGCGGUCAGUUACUAGGCGGACAUGAUCUACGCCCCCUCGGCCGGCACGGAGGCGGCUCCUUCCCAGUAAGUAACAGUGGGUGCCAGCGUGGUCAACAUAGUGAUGGCCGCCAUCUCGGCAGGCGCCGUCGAGCGGCUGGGUAGGCGGCGCCUCCUGCUAGUCGGCUACGGCACCCGCGUCUCGACGCCGCGCUUCCAGAGCACGGUCCCUGAGCUGUCUUGCCUUGGCAUGAUCUGUGUCUUCGCCUGCAUCGCAGGACGUUCCAUGGGGCUCAGUCCCGUGCCCUCCGUGGUGAGGACCGAGAUCUUCCCGCAGUCCUCGCGGCCGGCCGCCUUCGCAGUGGACGGGGCCGUGCUCGGGCUCACCAGCGUCAUUGUGGGCUUCGUGUUCCCGUCCAUCCAGGAGGUCAGUGGUGCCUACAGCUUCAUUAUCUUUGCCAGAAUCUGCCUCCUCACUGCUGUUUACAUCUACGUGGUCGUUCCUGAGACCAAGGGCCGAACAUUUGUGGAGAUAAAGCAAAUUUUUGCCCAGAGGAACAGAGUGGAGUUUCUGGAGAAGAAAGAAGAAAUCACGGAUGCUGGGCCUCACAUACCAUCUCUGCCUGCCAGGGAGACUUCCUUUUAG